UUAUUUUUAUAAUUCAAAAAUUUAGCCCAUUCAUAGUAAUAUAUCCCAAAAUGAAAGGCGGUCAUAUAGUUGGAAUAUUGGCAAUUAUUUUAAUAUCUUCAACGUUUGUAGUGACCAAUGAAGGAGGUUUCAUUAAUGAUUUCAGGGAAUUGUUAAAAAAUACAAGAUACAGUAGUCUUAUACCAUCAGAUAAAGAUUACUGUAGUCUUACAGACAAUAUCACUUGCAACGAUGAAAAAGAAAUUAUAGGAAUACAUUUUAAAAAUAUUGAUCUUAGCGGAAAGUCCCUACCACAAUCAAUAUCUAACCUACAAAAGUUACAAACCUUGUCUCUUAUUAAUUGUAAAAUCAGAAUAGACGUUUAUCCAAUCUUAAACAAUUUAAAAACCAUAGAAAUUACAAGUAAUCAGUACUUCAAGAACUUCUAUAUUAAUUCUCCAAAUUUGGUCAAGCUAGAUCUUUCUCGAAACGCUUUAAAAUGCAAACUGAGUGACCUUCAGUUCAGUAAAACUGUGAAAUACCUUAAUCUGUCAGGAAAUCAACUUUAUGAUACUAUUGAUAUAUUUAGCACAAUUGGAGAUGAUGGUAAACACUAUGAAGACCUGGAAGUAUUAGACCUUUCAAAAAAUACCCUCACAGGCGAUAUCAAAGAAUCCUUCAAUAAAAACUUCAAAUUGUCGAUUUUAAACCUUGGAUAUAAUUUAUUAAGUGGCGAGAUUCCGUCGUUCGAAAUGCACACUCAACUGAAAUAUCUUGAUCUUUCGCAUAAUUCGUUUUCGGGCACAAUUCCUAAAUUUACGAAAAAUAUUAACUUAGUUAAGUUGGAGUUGGGAAGCAACCAGCUUACAGGGACUAUACCAUUUUUAUUUACUAAUACUAAGUUAUCGGUGAUAGACUUUUCUAGUAAUAAGCUGAGAGGUGGUAUUCCGAAUGUCUGUAGACCCAGCAUAGUAGUUUUCAAUGUAUCAUCAAAUAAUCUAGUAGAAGAACUUCCAGAUUUUUGUGGCUCUGAACUUUUGAGUAUUUUAGACGUUUCAAAUAACAUGUUAGUAGGCAGUAUUCCAACUUUCCCUAGUAGGUUCAUAUCGAAACUAUAUCUUGGAAAUAACUUGUUCAAAGGUAGAAUGCCAUCGUUCAGUUAUAAUCCAUACCUAGAAUAUGUGAAUUUUUCACAUAAUAGUUUAUCGGGCCGUUUAUAUGAAUUUGAUACUGAAAAGCCUCUACUCACAACGUUAGACCUAUCUAGUAACAAGUUUUCUAAAGCUAUACCAUCUUUUUACAACGCAAGAAAUAUAAUCUACCUUAACCUUUCAAAUAAUCAUUUCUCGCACUGUUCUGGGAUAGCCGGGGAAGUCAGUUUUGUAAACAAAUUUCAAUAUUUGGAUUUAUCUAAUAAUCAUCUAGAAUCUACUCCAAAUUUUGAUCUUUUGGCUUCAUUAAAAUAUCUGAACUUGUCAUUUAACAAAUUAACAGGCCAAGUUCCAAGUUUUUCUCAAAAUUACAUAUUGGAGGUCCUUGAUAUUUCAAAAAACAGCUAUACGGGCGGUUUAUCGGUUACUGGUGAUAAGUUGAGGAUAUUCAAUAUUUCGUCUAAUAAAUUUAAAGGUUAUAUGCCAUUAAUAACCGGAGCUGAGGAAUCAUUAAAAGUAUAUGACAUCUCAAAUAAUAAAAUACGUGGCAAAAUCGAAGGCUUUGAGAGUUAUCGUGAGAUACAGAAGAUAAAUUUAUCAAGCAACAUGCUUUCAGGUAGUCUUCCAACCUUUAAGGAAAACUCCAACUUGGAGUUACUACUUAUGAGUGAAAAUCAAGGAUUUACCUACACUUGCACGGCAGAUAGACCCUUUAGCACUUUUGUAACAUCAAAGAAAUUAGCUAAGGAGAAUUGUAAAUUGGAUACAAUCAAGUUCAGUGGAUGCAAUAAUGAUGAAAUCAAGGUGAUUGAUAGUAUAUGUAAACUUAUUAUUACAUCAAAUGCAAGGUCUAUCUACUAUAUUGGCAUAAUACAAGCAUUAGUGACACUAGUUGGGUUGUUACUCGUAUACUAAUGAAUUUCAUGUGUGUGCAUUAAUAAGUAAUAUGUAAUGUACAAUCAGUUUAUAACGCAUAAAUAAUAGCAUAAUAGCGUUUAUUGUUCUUUUUAUUUUUGUUCAUCUACAUAUCUUUCGACUAUUCUGAAUAUAUAUUUAAACACUAACAGCAUUAAUAAUCUUAUGGUAACAAUAAAGCAAUUAUGUUUUAAUAUGUUAUUGUAUCUAAGAUUUAUUUAUAAUAUUCAUCAAUCUGAUCUACGUUAUAUAAUAAAAUAAAUAAUUAACCAUAAA